AUGGUGACAGAAGCCCGUAGAACUCGCGACCUGAUCUUUGUCAUCGGUGCUCCCGGAGCGGGAAAGGGUACCCUCUGCAAAAUGCUGGCGGAAGCCAACAACGUCGACCACCUCUCCCUCGGAGACCUUUUACGGCAAACCGUGUCAUCACCCAACGCAGACCAAUUAAUCGCCGGGUGCAUCCACCGUGGAGAGCUCCUACCAACACAUAUACUCCACGAACUUUUGUAUCACCGCGUGGCCCAACCUGUAUCCUCUACCGCUAGUCGACCCCUCCUGCUGGACGGUUUUCCCCGGCGGUUGGACCAGGCUAGAGAAUUUGAAGCAGUGGCAAGUACCCGAACUGGCGCAACUUUACUCAUUAUUUCGGGAGCUGGCGGCUGA